AUGGGUUCCUGGGGUGCUGGAGGCUACCGUAGUACUCCUAAUAAAUCAUGUACAGCUCCUAGCACACUGGGCUUCUGGGCCAUCAUAACUCUGGUUCCUAACUGCUACCAUAAUACACCUACUACUAAGGGGGGAGUGUCAGCCUGUUGCCAGGGUAAUGAGCUCUGUCUUCUGGUUUUGAAGGAACAUGAGCCGAUCCCCGUGUACCACCCCACGCCGAGCCAGACCCGACUGGCCACACAGCUAACGGAAGAGGAACAGAUCCGAAUUGCCCAGCGGAUCGGGCUGAUCCAGCACCUGCCCAAAGGGAUCUUCGAUCCGGGCACGGAACCAUCAGAAAAAAAAGUGAAAGAGUGUGUGAUCUGCAUGCUGGAUUUCGUGUACGGUGACCCCAUCCGAUUCCUGCCCUGCCUGCACAUCUACCACGUGGAUUGCAUCGAUGACUGGCUCAUGCGCUCCUUCACGUGUCCCUCCUGCAUGGAGCCAGUCGACGCUGCUCUCCUGGCCUCCUACGAGAAUAACUGAGGCCAGGCGUCAGCGGCGCGGCCCACGCUAACGCUUUGAGGCCACAGGUGUGGGGGAGGAAGGGGGUCAGAGGGCUGGUGGCUCUACGUUUUGCACACUCAUGGGAUACACCAAAGACUUCUACGGCAAGGAACCCCAGCUUUGCUGCCUUGCGGAUCAUCCCGAGCCGUUAAAACUUGGCUCCAGCUGAACGUAGGUGAAAGGCUGCCUCUGUAUUCGCGCAUCAGGCUGAGACUUGGAAGGAGUCAGAGCAGGGCCUGAGUUUAAAAGCUGGCGUUGGUAUUGAAGGCCCUCCCAGAAAGCAGCACCGGCCCGUGCCACGCAGCCUCUCCGAGCAGCUCCCUCGUGAGCGUUGCCUGGCGGUGGCGGGGCACUCUGUUCAGCUGCACCCCCUUCGUGCAUGUGACAGUAUUAGCGUAACACAGGAGAUAAACGAAGCAAGUGCCGAUCCCCUCGGUAACAGGAAGAAAGUACAGGAGCAUAGAGGUGCUGGCAAGAGCCGUAGGCUUGUGUUGCUUGAGGUUUAGCUUGUUUCAGGCUUCGGGUUUUUUUUUUUUUUUUUUUUUCCUUUCUGCUUU